AUGUGGAUUUAGUUAUCCUCAGACUGUGAAACCAUAUACAUAUAGAAUUGAAAAGAAAAAAAUCUAUAUACACGCGCGCACACAUUUAUAAUCGCCUCAUCAUACUGUUACAUGUACAGUGAACCCCCGUUUAUCAUGGUGGAUUUGUCAGGCCCACCCACAAUAGGUGAAAAUAUAUUUUUUAAAUUAUGAUUAUUUAGUAUAGAUUAACGCCUCCAACACAUUUUAAAACUGAUGAAAUGACACUCUCUAAACAUUGUAAAUGUAUUUGAACAAAAAAAAAUGUAAUGUAAUGCUCGUGUUCACAAAAAAUGGCUGAAAAGCACCUCGGCAACUAUAGUUUGCUCCCAAAUUUGAGGACAAACAUUACAGUAAACAACCAUUAAAAACAAUCGCUAUUAUUCAUGUUUUGAAGCUUUAUGCAUAAUACCAUUACAAAAUAUGCAGUUAGUAUUUUUGUCCACUUGGGGUCGCCAUCCUCACAUUCUAUACUGUAGUGUGUGCGGCUUUAAAAUGCGGGGCCCGCCCUGUUGAGUGACAGUGGGAGUCAGCGAAUGAGAGUGUAGAGUUGGCUGGCUGUUCAUUGGCUAACUGUUAGCCGGUUUGUGCUUGGUACGUGCUGAUUUUGUUCCUGUUUGGUCAACAAAGCGAUUGAAAGGGCACCAGCUGUGUCUAUGCUUAAACACCUGUGGAGGGUUUACAAUUCGUUGUAAUUUACGGUGGUAGCGUAUAUUAAAUUAGCUAAAGAUGUUGACUGGAGAUGUGCAGUUGUGUAAGACGGCUCUGCUUUGCAGUAGGCACACGUUGCGCUUUAUCCCCCCCCCCCACCCCAAAUUGUGGAAUGGUCCCAGACUUUGCACAGUCUGUUUGAUGCGGUCUUGCCUCCUGGCUCCUGCUCGUUGCUACGUGAGUCUGCAGCAGCGACUGGUGGUCUCUCCUUUCCACUGCAUGUGAAUAGUAAACGAAACCUUAUGAUUACAUUAAAUUGUUCCAUUUCCGUUCUCUGGUCAGUGCUUUACAUCGAUUUUCCUUUUCAAUCCAAUAAUUUUCAUGUAUUUUCAUAUUUCCUGUUGAAAUGCGUAGGAAGCGCAGCCCCGAGUCACGUUGAGUCACCGCUCGCAGGAGGCUGGCAUCCUGCGAGCGGUCCGUGGCUUCACACAAGAGACAUGGUGUUUCCUCAUGAAAUCACCAGCGUUUUAUCACACAUGUACUGCACUUCCUGACGUUUAACAGACUAAUAUAUUUCCUGAAAGUGUGAGACAUUUUGAGUCUUUCCUAUCGACCAGAAAAGCCACUAAAAGUGCACAGUGGAGUCUGGUAUGUACGGUGCCACAACCAGCAUGUGGCAGUGUUGAGUUGAGCUUCAUCGAGUUCCAGUCAGUGCCUCACCAAUCAUGAACGUCAUCGCACAUCACGGGUCUGUAGUCUUGGUCAUUGGAGGAAAACCAGCACAAAAUCCCGUGAUAUACUGGAGUGAAAAAUCUGCGAUAUAAAAUUAGAAAUGUACGAUUUAAAAAUCUGCCAUACAGUGAGACUGCGAAAUGGUGAGGAAAAACUGUAUUACAUUAUAUUACCUGAUGCAACAUUUGUAGUUAAAACACAUUUUCUCCUCUAUUUGAGUGCUGUGUUACUGUUAAAACUAUGCAUAAUAUUACUGUUGCUUACGAUAAUAUAAAAUUGACUGUAAUGUUUGAUGAACGGUUGGGGCUAUUACGCUACUGUAUCUUGAUGUUGUUCACGAUGGCGGUACUUGGAGAGCUAAGUAUUUUUUUUGGGUGGUAUUGUGUGAAAAGUUUAAGAACCACUGGUUUAAUUGCGUUUUGAGAGUUUUUCUAGAAGGUCUGUCGCGUGUGUGCGUGUGUGCGUGGGAGGCAGGAGGUUGCGCUGGUCGCGAUUGGCCGGCGGCGGCGGAGAUGAUGAGUAAGCCACUCGUCCGGGUCCGCCCCCACAUCCUCUUUUACGUAGAGCACAUGCUCCUCACACCGCACAUGCACCUCCUGCGCACUGCAAAAGAUAAAAAAUACAAACAAAAUCAAAAUGUGCCGAGGGAUUUGUCCUCACUCGACGGGAUGCAAAGAGGCCGCCUGACGUGCGCGGCGAUCGGGGAGACGUGCCAGCAAGGAUGUGCGACUGACAGCGAAAGGCGUCUGCCCCGCUCGGCUGGUUUUGUCUUAUUGAAUUUUUUUAAUCGCACCAUUUUUUUCGACUCCGGCGCCUCUCGAACGGUGGACUCGGCAGCCGAGUGUUAGGUACGGUCCCGAUGCUUCCCGGUGUAGGCGCGCUUCACUAAGACCGAAGACCUGAACGAACACAAGUCACCGAUGGGGUCGUGCGAGGCCGGGCAAACUCUUGUGCUCGGUAGAUUUUUGUAACGGACAGAUUUUUAAAAGUAGUUUGAAAUGUGCACGUCUAAUUGUUUAUUUGAAUAAUUGAAUCAUUCGUUCUAGUGUUUUUAGAUAUUUUUUGUAACCAAUUAUUUAAUGAAAAUAUAUUUUUUAGAAUGUAUAUAUAAAAUUGUUCAUUUGAAUACUUUGUAAUUUUAUGACUGAAUAUAUUAACCCUUUUUAAAAAAUGUAAUGUAUAAAAUGUACUGUUUACGUAAAUGUUCAUUUCCCAUUUUCUUUGCGGGAAAUACAUUUGAUAAAUGAAAAUUGUAGCUAUAUAUUAGAAAUGAUUUAAUUUUCGAUUUACACUAAAUUAAGCAAUUCAAAAAAUAAUUGAAUGUAUGUUUUGUGUUUGAGUAUUUUUCAUUUUGUCUACACUAAAUAAAUUAACCAAUAAUUUAAAAAGAAAAUAUUAAAUGCACAGUGUAUGUAAAGUUUUACAUUUUACAAUUUAAUUUUAAAAUUUAUGUUUUGCACUAAAUAACCUGUCCACUUGAGGAAAAUAAAAUGUCGGUAUGUGAUAUUUAAAUAUUUCUAGUGUUGUACACACUAAAUUGAUCAAGCAAUAGAAUUUUUAAAAAUGAUGUACAGUAUACCCUUUUUAUUUCAUUUUAUGAUACACUUAAUUUAUAAAUGAACAAUUACACAAUUUAUAUUUAAAAAAUAAAUAAAGAAGUAUAUCGUAGCGUACCAUUUUUAGGGAAAAAAUAUAUACAUAUAAUACAUAUUGGAGGAUUCUUGCUAAUGUAAACGCUCUGUGGGCCGGACUCAAAAGCUGUGCCCCCACAACCCCCCCCCCCCCCAAGGUCCUACUUUGCCCACCCGAGGCGUCGUGCUGCGCUCAGCUGACUUGUCCGUGCGCGGUUCCCACUCAGUGGCUGCGGUCGCCAGCAGAACGUUGACAAAGCCAAAAAAAAAAACAAGUGGAAUGACCGCAGCUCCGAAAUGAUAGGGCGAUGAACUGGUCGACUUGAAGUCAAAUAAAUUACAGGCAGCGAUUUAAAUGUCGAAUGGCCAAAGCCUUUUUUUAGUAGCUUGUCAUUGGGCUGUCAAGCAAGCAAGCGGAAGCACUACCACAUGAUUUAUGUCAUAUUCAUAGCACUAGCAUAGUUCUUACUAGUUUGUUUGGGUUUAUUUUCCCCCCCUCUCUCCUCUUGCCUAGCAAGUGGAUUUGUCAUUGUGGCCAUGCAAAAUCGCAUUUGGACUUGCAAAACAAUGGGAACAAUGCGUCGCCGGCUCCUCUCCAGAGCGGAGAAAGAAGCGCUGAGCUCAUUUCCUUACCGCGUCCGUAUUCGGACGCAGGAACUCGCAACGCCGCGAGCAGGCCGUGACGCGCGCGCCCGACCUCCGAGCGGAUGUCGCAAAGCGAGUACGAGCGAGCGCUUCCUGUGGAGGUGCGCCGACACUCCCUCGGCGUGAAGUCAAAGUGGGCCGCCGGCCAAAUCUCGCCAGCGCGGAAAGACGAGCGCAGUUAUUUGAAAUGCUUCGAUUGAACCGUAUGCAAUGUGUACGUGACAAAAGGAAGUGGGAGACUCGAGUCACGUGACUUGACUCAAGUCGGACUUAAGCCAUCCGAAAGUGACUUUUUAAUAUCGCGAACCCCAUUCCUCUCGUUCCAGACGUGACCGCAGUCGGCGCAAAUUUUGCGAUAACAUAAAUAGAUCGUCAUAAUAAUAAUAAUAAUAAAUGAAUAUGACCUCUGCCACAUGGCUAAUGAAUGAAAAGGCUCUUUUUUGAACGCAUUGAAAAUGUGUUUUAACACAAACAAAAAUUGCAAGUGUAAACUGUAUAGAAAAUACUGGACCGGUUGUGGCUUUAAAACUCCUUCAUUCCCGUGGACGUUCAUGUCGAGCAAGCGGAAGCCAAACAUUUCCUGCUCCCGACAAAUAUAUUUGUCAAGUACGUUUCGGUGCGGAAGACGGUCUCGCCCAGCUUGUCUUUGAAAUUUGAAAAGUUUGUCGACCGCUGUCAACAGAUCCCCGUAGAUGGCGCUGUUGCAUCGUUCUGGAUUUGAGAUCGGCGCAGCUUUUUUGUCGAAGAAGGCGGUGAAGCUCCGCUCGCCACGGCGAUUAUAAAGAAGUGAAAUGCCAACACGUUGGAGGUCGGACAAGUUUAGGCGACUCACGCUCAAACAGAGAAUGUAAAUGUAUGGUACGAACAGAUUAUGAUUAGAUUCUAUCAUGAGAAACGACGACUCAGCGAACACCAUGGAAAAUAAAAGACUCAACUCAAGCCGGCACGUUUCUUACUGUAAAUGAAUCAUUAUUUUGCAGUUAAAAGCCCCUUUUCACUCUUGUUUUUGUUGUUUUCUAGUUUGAGGUGUCCCAAAAAUGAAAAUAUUGGACAAAGUCACUGUUCUGCUUGACAUGUUUCUUCUCACACAAAGCUUGUUUCCUCUGCUUUACGGUCAGAAAGCCGUGUUUUUGAUCUCCUGCUGAUGAUUAAUCUUUCUUUCUUUUGCGAGGCUUCUAUUGUCAGAGACCGUCAUCUUCUGAGGGUCUCAAAAGCUGCGGGUGGAGCAUGGGCACGACUGCCAGCGCGGCGCCGCCGCCGCCGCCGCCUGAAAGCAUCCACGGCGACGGGAUGGCCGACGGCAGGCCGUCGCUCGGCACGAGCCCCUUUCACACGGUCAACGUCCACAACGGCAAGGCCAAGUCCAUUAUCACCAACAAGGUCGCACCCGUGGUCAUCACGUAUAAUUGCAAGCAGGAAUUUCAGAUUCACGAUGAUAUCCGCAAGAGCAACUACAAAGUUGGACGGAUAUCGGACGCCAUGCCCGAGCAUUACCUGGUGCAGGGCGAGUACUUCAUGGUCCAGGACGUGUACGGAAAAGCGGACGUCCUCAGCACGGCGAGCCCCUUCGGGGCACCCAACUUCCGCCGGGUGAAGGGAUCGUCGUACCCGCUCUACGGGAUGGGUCAGCCCAGCCUGAGCGGCUUCGGGCGGGUCCUGCAGAGGCUCCGAGCGCAAGGACACCAGGAGGUGAUAUUCAUCUGCGUGCGAGAGGAGCCGGUGGUCUUCCUACACAAAGGCGACGAUUUUGUUCCGUACACCCCCAGGAGGAAGGAGAACCUCCACGAGAACCUCCACGGCCUGGAAAAGGAGCCGGUGGAAGCGCUGGAGCUGACCGUCAGGAAGGAGCUCCACGACUUCGCCAAGCUCAACGAAAACGUCUACUACGUCUACAACGACAUCGAGUACCUGAAAGACGAGCCUCAGAAGAUGCUGAUCACGUGCGAGGAGGACAUCCACGUGACCGAGGAGGUUUACAAGCGGCCCGUGUUCACCAUGCCGGCCUACAGCUAUUACAGAUUACCGCUACCUGUAGAGGGCGCACCGUUGGAAGAAGACUUUGAUGCUUUUGUAAAUAUACUCAGGGAGCGCCCCAGCUUGUCCCUGCGCCGCGCGGCGCCGCCGGCGGAGCCGCCCGCUCUGCUCUUCAGCUGCCAGGUAGGCGUCGGCCGCACCAACCUGGGCAUGAUCCUCGGCGCCCUGGCCAUCGACCGACUCCGGGGCGACUCACGCCCGCCUGCACUUGAGGAGGUGGCCGAGGCGCCUCCAGAGCCCAGACCGGUUUUCCGCAUCAUCCAGACUCUGAUCGCCAAGCUGCCGAAUGGACAGCAAGUCACGGAGGAGGUGGACCGGGCCAUCGCGCUGUGCGCGGAAAUGCACAACAUCAAAGACGCAAUCUACGAGAACAAAAGCAAGCUGGAGGGCAUCGGAGAUGAUUAUCAGAUUCAGGGGAACAGCACCAAAGAGUACUUUCGCCACAGAACCCGGCAGAGCUUGGAGCGCUACUUCUACCUGAUCGUGUUUAACGCGUACCUCCACGAGCAGUACCCGCUCGCCUUCGAGUCCAACUUCACCCAGUGGAUGUGCCGCCACACUUGGCUCUACCGCCUGCUGGCUCGUAUGGACCUUUCCGAGCUGUCGGCGCCGCCCCAGCUGGUGACCAGAGGAGCCAGAGUCCUGGUGGCGGGCGAGUAUUUGGCGCCCGACGUCCUGAGAACCGCCAAGGAGAUGAAGGCGCUCAACUUCCGACGCGUGCCCAAAAUGCCCGUCUACGGGAUGGCGCAGCCCACAUCCGAGGCCGCCGGAGCCGUGCUGGCCCACCUGACGGACGAGAAGCGCCAGCACAACCGCGUUCUGUGGGUCAACCUGCAGGAGGAGCUGGUCUUAGAAGCUAACGGGCAGAUCUUCACGCCCAGGGAGCCCUCGCGCUUGGAUCAGCACAUCGCCGUCCCGACGUCAGACCCGCACGUCAUUGAGAAACUGGAGAGCUGCCUGAAGGAGGAGAUCCUGCGCGCCCAGAAGUGGUUGGAGGUGACGCUGGAGCAGGAGAAGCAGAUGAAGAUUUUGAAGAGCGUCCUCACGCCGCAGGAGAUCUUUGCGCAGCACAAGAAGACCACGCCGGCGCUCGCCUACAAGCGCGUCCCUCUGCCCGACUGCGCCGCCCCGCGCGAGGAGGAUUUCGACGAGCUGCUGGACGCCAUGAAGAGCUCCCUGGCCGAGGACUCGCGCUCGGCCUUCGUCUUCAACUGCUCCGACGGCAAAGGCCGGACCACCACGGCCACGGUGGUCUCCGUGCUGACUCUGUGGCACUUCAACGGCUUUCCGGAGUUCGCCGAAGACGAGAUAGUCAGCGUCCCUGAUGCCAAGUACACAAAAGGAGAGUUUCAGGUGGUGAUGCAGCUGGUGCGCCUGCUGCCCGACGGGCAGCGGAUGAAGCGCGAGGUGGACAUGGCGCUGGACUCCGUGUCGGAGACCAUGACGCCCAUGCACUACCACCUGAGGGAGAUCAUCAUCUGCACCCACAGACAGAUCAAAAGCGGCAAGUCGGAGAAGGAGUGUCAUCAACUCCUGCUGAAGAGUCUGCAGUAUCUGGAGCGCUACAUUUACCUCAUCCUCUUCAAUACGUACCUGCACCUGGAGAAGAAGGACUCCUGGCAGCGUUCUUUCACGCUCUGGAUGGAGCAGGUGGCCUCCAGGGCGGGCGUGUACGACGUCCUCGACCGGCUGAGCUUCUGCGAGUUCAAGACCCCGGGGGACGCCCCGCUGGCGCGACUGCGCCGGCGCCGGCAGCAGCAGAACCUCCUUCCGGAGCUCCCUUUCCGAGGGCACUUCCUCUGAGGGGAAAAGCACGCGGCGCCGUGCGCUCUCCACCGGUUCCGAUAACAAUGAGAUGACACGGACGCGGCUUUGACCGCUCGACAGCGAUGGAAACCCGAGUCGACUCGUGUCACUUUUUGGAUGACUUUUGACUUGACGAAAACUAAAAGACUUGACUUGAGGCAGUGAAAGCUCGAAAGACUUGAUGGCGAUUUUUGUGUGUUAGGUUUCAUGUUGAGGUUCAUUAGUACGUGUCGGUAUGGAGCGCACGCUGGGAAGGGCCCGUGUCGCGAUCGGACGAUCGCCCUCUGUCGGUCCGGGAAGGGCUCGGCGGCGGCGGCGACGACGACGACGACGAUGAAUUGUAUUCAGAAGAACUCCGUUCUAGUUUUCGUCACGAACGAGGCAGAGGCUUAUUCCUGAGAAAAGUGUCUUCAGUCCUUUCGAAACGCGAUGCAUCGUUUCAACAUUAACACGAGCGGGACCUGUUUUCGUGUUUAGCUUAUUCAUAAAGUCGGACUACAACUAAAUUGUACAAAACUCGAGCAAUAUUUGCCGUAGGAAAUCAUGGAAAUACAAUUCAUCUAUUCCAAGCACCCCAAAAUAUGAACCCCAAAAAAAUCCUUUUCUCGAGAAGAACUAUAGUUUUACAUAUGGAAAACAAUGUGAAAUCAAUACGAUGAAUGAAAUCCUGGUGAGAUGGGCAGCACGUUUGCUGUUUUGGUACUUUGCUAAGAGUUGUUUGUUGAAAUUCGAUUGUUGCUCUUGCCGCAUUUGGCCGAUGACGACGACCGAUACUCUGAACCUUCGUUGACCCCUUGGUGGCUUACUUGGCAGUCGGCAAGUUUUCCAUCCGAAACCGCGUCGAAGUGCGGAAACUGGGACAACGUUUCGAUGAGAAAAAAGGCAUCGAAAACCGAAUCGUACGAAAACUAGAGCAAACCAAAGUUCCGCUGUGUAGAAACAUUUUUGCCUCAGUAAAUGUUUGAAAGUGAACAUUUCUAAAUUAUUAAAUGCAAAUGUAUUGUACUUAAAAGUUAAAUACAGCUGAACUGUACUUAACAAAUGUACUGUACUGGAUUACCCCCCCACCCCCCAAAAAAACAACACCAGUUGACGUCACUGUCACAUUAUGCACAAUUUGAACAUUUAAUUUGGUGAUUCUUCACGUACCACUAGAGGGAGCCCGCGCCACACUUUGAGAAUCAGAGAAAUUGGCAGAUCUUGUCGUUAUUUGACCUUAUUGGUCUUCCGUCUUAAUCGAGACCAGAUAGCGCACGGAAGACUGCGUUCCAAAGGCGACUUGACUUGCCGAGUACAAAUCGACUCACCCAAAUCGGCUCGUACAAAUCGGUUCAUCCAAAUCGACGGACUUGCUUGCGACGUGAAGGUUAAGACUUCCUUCCACCUGUGUGACUCGAGUCUAUCUUUGCCGAACACUAACCCAUUGACAGUUUUUUGUUUUUGUAAGAGUCUUGGCAUUUAAAAAUGACAGUGCCUUCGCUCUCGCCACAGUUGUACUCCGAUUGUUGGAUUCCUUCAUGUAAGUUCCGCUCUCGGUGGGAUCAAACGGCGGCCCUUUUGCAACCCGGCUGUGAAUCAGAAGCACGUAAAUAAUAAAAAGCGCUCUGGACUCGAGGCGGCCACUUACGAACGAGUCUUCAGGCUGCGCUCAACUGCUCGUUUUCUCAGAAGAUUCUGAAUUUAUUCUUGGAAUAGUUCAUUUUCAUUCCUUUAAAAUGCCUUUUUCUCCAUCGAAUACUUUCUUUUUUUACUUCAUUCUUCUAACAUUGACUUUUUUCACGUUUGUUACUUUUUCUCGUAAAAUGAAAACUUUAUUUUUAUAAGAUCGGGGCUUGUGAAAAAGUUAUGACUUAACUGUCGUACUUGUUUGACUUGAUUCUCACCAAAUGACUUUUUUUUUUUUUUAUAAUAAUAAUACUGACAUGAUGUCGUCUUGUAAAUUUCACCCUUCCACGAUGAAAUGAACACUAUUCUACAAGUUUGGCUUAAUUGUCAUAAAAUCAAAUUUGUCUUGCAAAAUUGAAUUUGUUCUCAUCAAAGUUUUGUCUCUCGUUCAGAGUUUGACUUAAUUCUCGUAAGAUUCGGACUUCGCAUUGAAAUUGACGUUCACGUAAAAUAUAUUUUUCAGAAUGAUAAUUCUUAGGCUAUUAGGGCUUUAUUCUCGUUAAAAAAUAAAAUAAAUAAAUAGCGGUUUUAUUCCCAUUUGAGUUUGACUUUAUUAGUAUAAUGACUGUUUUGUAAUAUUGACUUUAUUCUUUUAACAUUAUGACUUAAUUCUUGUGAAAUUCCAACUGUCGUCUGGUCAGAGUUUGACUUCAUUCUUCUAAGAUUCCAACUCAGGACUUGAUUGUAUCUUUCCCGGUGAAACUUCUGACUCGAUUCCCGCGGGAGCCGGUAAAUGGCGGCGGCGGCCAAUGACGUGCGUCCGUUUCACAUGCGGGUACUAACGGCUGUUUAGUUUCUGUCUAACGUUGCCUUUACGUCAGAGAUUUUGAUGUUACUUUCAAACGUUCACUGAUGAUGAUGAUGAUGAUGAUGAUGAUUGUUUCAGAACAAAAAGUGACUUCAUUUCUUCUCAGUUUGUCAUCGUCUCUUGCCACGGAGGCCAUGUAUUGUUUCCUCUUCCGUUUGUAAGAGCUCAAUAAAGUAUUGCGAUAGA